AUGGUUCCAGGCCGCAAUGAUGACGGUCCUGGCAGGUCGGGGGGAGGGCCUGGGCGCAGCGAAUACCCUCAAGACGACAUCUCAGGCGAGCACGAUGGCCGCGCGAGGACCGCCUCCACGCGGAAUGACUUUGAUCCCCGCAGUCGCGACUCAGACCGACCCUUCGCCCACGCAACGCCAUCGCAGACGGCUCAGGCGCGAUCGAACCUCCAUCGCCCUUCGUCGAGAGAGAGCCUGGGUGCGCGGACCCCCACGUCAAUAUCACCCAUCAAAGAACAGCCUGGCGCAUCGCCACAACGCCAUGGUUUUCGCGACAAGCUCCGGAAGAGAAGGCUGGCUAAGAAAAGCAGUGUACGGAAACCGAUUGCUCGUGCGACGUGGAAGGAUCGAUUGCGCGACCAGUUGUCCGUGCUCUGGCAGUUCAUUGUGAUCGAGACCAUCUUGCGCCAGAAACCGCUGCCGCCUUCCAAGGAUGGAAGGCAAAUACCUCUGAACCCGGCCGAUGUUGGGCCCAAGGGCCUCAUUGACGAGCGCAGAGAGAAAACCUACAUCAACAACUUUAUUCGCUCGAAUCGAUAUACAAUCUUCACCUUUAUCCCAGCCCAGCUCAUCUAUCAGUUCAGCAAGCUCGGUAAUUUCUACUUUUUGGUCGUUGGUAUCGUCCAGAUGAUUCCAGGGUUAAGUACUGUCGGCCGAUGGACCACCAUUGCACCCCUUGCGGCGUUUAUUGCCUUUAGUAUGGCCAAGGAAGGCUAUGACGAUUGGAGGAGAUACCAACUGGAUAAGACGGAGAACCGAGCGGCCGUGUGGGUUCUUGCUUCAGGUGUGCGGUCCAAUCCCAGCAACAGACCUAAGCGAUUCAGCGGCAAGGGCUGGAAGAAGGGCGAGACAGCGUACGAAGAGAAGAAGCGACUGGAUGUGGAGCGGGAGCACGGAAUCAAGCUGAACAACGAGGACUGGAUCAAAAUCCAGUGGCAGCAUGUGCAGGUUGGCGACGUUGUUCGUCUGCACCGUGAUCAAGCUAUCCCUGCCGAUGUUGCGCUGCUGCACGCCACUGGUCCCAAUGGCAUAGCGUACAUUGACACAAUGGCCCUGGAUGGCGAGACGAACCUCAAGAGCAAGCAAGCGUCACCCAUGUUUGCCGAGAAGUGUAGUACCAUGGCGGGCCUCAAGACUACGCAGGCGACAGUAGUAUCGGAGGACCCGAACAUGGAUCUCUACAACUAUGAUGGCAAGGCUGUGGCGGAUGGUGAAACGUUACCCCUGACCAUGGCCAACGUCGUCUACCGAGGAUCGACUUUGCGCAACACGUCCCUUGCGAUUGGUCUUGUCAUCAACUCUGGCGAGGAAUGCAAGAUCCGCAUGAAUGCCAACAAGAAUACGGCAGCGAAGAAGCCUCGAAUGCAAUCCAUGGUUAACCGCAUGGUCCUCGUCCAGAUCUUCGCUGUCUGCAUGCUGGCCGCUGGUAUGACGAUCGGCUACGUUCUGUGGCAGGAUCGCACCGAACGCGACUCGUGGUACUUGCGCAACGCCAACGUCUCGUACACUGAGAUCUUCUUUGGCUAUGUCAUCAUGUUCAACACUCUCAUCCCUCUGUCGCUCUACGUCAGUCUUGAAAUUGUCAAGAUUGGCCAGUUUCUCCAGAUGCAGGAUGCCGAGAUGUAUGAUCCAGUGUCUGACACGCCUGCUAGCAUCAACACAACGUCAACCCUUGAGGACCUUGGACAGGUCGGAUGGGUAUUCUCAGACAAGACGGGUACUUUGACCGAGAACAUUAUGCGCUUCCGCAAGAUGAGUGUCGCUGGUGUGCCACUGCUGCACGACAUGAACAUCGAAAGAGACGAAGCCGCCAAGGAGAGAAAGAUUCAACAGACCCUGAGCCACAAAGGUAAAGGCAAGCAUAACCCAUUGAUGCCGGAUGUGGUGGCGCAUCACCUCCAAGAGCGCGAUUACGAGCACCGGGCAACGGACCCGAGCCGUCCGACGGCGCAGAGGAUGUUGACGAGUGCCAGUCUGUCACGCUGGCACUCGAACCGACCUGGCGAGGCUGACCCUGAGAUGAAGACUGAAGAUCUUCUCGAUUUGAUCCGCCGCAAGGGCCAGAGCUCCUUUGCACGCAAGGCCAAGCAUUUCCUACUCUGCAUCGCACUAUGCCACACGUGUCUACCAGAGCGCACCGACGAUGGGCGGCUCGAGUUCCAAGCCGCUAAUCCCGACGAACUUGCCCUCAUCGAGGCCGCCCGCGACUUUGGGUACCUCAUGAUUGACCGUCCCGUGGGGGCCAUCAAGCUUCAGAGUGUCAACAGCGACGGCUCGCUGCACGUCGAGACGUACGAAGUACUGAGCGUGGUGGAAUUCAGCAGCAAGCGCAAGCGCAUGUCGAUCAUUGUUCGCAUGCCGGACGGCCGCAUCUGUGUCAUCUGCAAAGGGGCUGAUAAUGUCAUCCGGGACCGACUGAGGAUGCGUGAUGUUGCCGACCAGAAAGCUGCCGAACAGUCACGCCGCAUGAACCAACGCCGAUCCAUGGAACAGAGCAUGGUAAGCCGGAGGCUGAGCUCAGAAUACCAGCAAUCUCUCAAUGAGGGAUGGCGGAUGAACCUCCACCGCCGCUCAACAGAGAUGCAGCGCCUGGCCGAGGAGGGCUCCCCUCGCGGGUCCAUGGAUCAAUCUGGGGAUCCCCGUCAGAACUUUAGCCGCAUGAAGUCCUACGACAGUGCCGAUCAGCAGGUGAACCAGAUGGCUGCCGAUGCGGAGGAUGAGGCCAUUGAGCGUGUAUUUCAGCAUGUGGAUGACUUUGCCUCGGAUGGUCUUCGCACCCUGCUAUACGGUUCGCGCUAUAUCGACGAAAGUACCUACAAUGAGUGGCGCGAGAUCUACCACGAAGCAGAAACAAGCCUGGUAGAUCGCCAGGAGAAGAUUGAGGAAGCCAGCGACCUCAUUGAGCAGGACUUUGACCUUGUCGGGGCCACUGCCAUCGAGGACAAGCUACAGGACGGCGUUGCCGACACCAUUGACAAGCUUCGCCGUGCCAACAUCAAGAUCUGGAUGCUCACAGGUGACAAGCGCGAGACUGCCAUCAACAUCGGGCACUCUGCUGGCUUGUGCAAGACGUACUCGCAAAUCUACAUCCUGGACUCUACCUCGGGGCAUUUGCACGAAACCCUGUCGACAACCUUGAAUCAGAUCAGCGCCGGCCAAAUUCCGCAUACAGUCCUUGUCGUGGAUGGCCAAACCUUGCAGUUCAUCAAUGAUGACGACGAUUGCUCGACACUGUUUUACGAUAUCACUGUCCUUGUUGAUUCUGUCAUUUGCUGCCGUGCAUCGCCCUCACAGAAGGCCGAUCUUGUCAACCGCAUUCGUCGCUACGUGCCCAAGUCUAUGACCCUUGCCAUUGGCGAUGGCGCCAACGAUAUUGGCAUGAUCCUGGCCUCGCACGUGGGCAUCGGUAUCUCUGGCCGAGAAGGUCUUCAGGCUGCUCGCAUCUCCGACUUUUCCAUUGCUCAAUUCCGUUUCUUGCAGAAGCUGCUAUUCGUCCACGGUCGCUGGAAUUAUUUGCGCACCGGCAGGUAUGUCCUUGCCACUUUCUGGAAGGAAAUCAUGUUCUACCUCGUUCAAGCGCACUACCAGCGUAGCACCGGCUAUUCGGGUACGUCGCUCUACGAGAAUUGGAGUUUGACCGUAUUCAACGUUCUCUUCACGUCACUGUCCGUCAUCAUGCCCGGUAUCUUUGACAAGGACCUCGACGCCGAUACACUUCUUGCUGUGCCUGAGCUAUACACCUAUGGCCAGAAGAGCAUGGGGAUUAACUAUUUUCAGUACUUUGGCUGGGUCGUCAUGGCUGUCAUUGGCAGCGUCAUCAUCUUUUAUCCCACUUGGUGGUUCUAUCAUUACACCCUGUUCACCGCUGACAACAGUAUAUUCGCCAUGGGGUGCGUCUGCUUCACAGUGGCCGUUGUCUUCAUCAACAUCAAGUUAUUCAUUCUCGAGUGCCACUAUAAGACUAUCAUCAUCUUUGGUGGAUUCGCCCUCUCGGUGGCUGGGUGGUUCUUGUGGAUGAUCAUCAUCUCGCAGACGUACGAGGCCGUUGCCGGCAUAUACGUCGUCAAAGACGGCUUCCUUCACAACUUUGGCCCGACACUGGCCUGGUGGACCAUUAUCUUGCUCGAGCUGGCUGCUCUGGUUGUCAUCGACCUGGCCGUGCAAAGCAUUAGGAGGGUUUAUUUCCCCAACGAUCAAGAUCUUAUGCAGCGCGUCGAGAAAGACGCCCGCAAGAAGAAGAGGAAGGGCAUCAAGGAUGCCGAGAAGGGAGGCGCAGAUGUUGAGCUGGACGAAGUGGCCGGCGAGCCCCUCCCCGCCCACAAGGAUGUGGACCAGACCGCUUCGGAAGGGCAGAGUCCUGGACCCCUUCGACGCGAUGUUGCCCCUGGUGCGCAAGAGCAGCGUGCUGAUCAAGCUCAGUCCAUGGCGUGGACCGGGAAUGCGGACUACUAUUAUGAUAACGUCGACCCGAAACCACCAGCCGCGACGCAGCCCACUCAAUGGCAUGUUGGCCAAGCUGGGCAGCAAGAUGGACAGCAUCUGGAGUCUGAUGCGUCUUAUAGACCAUCGCAAGGCGGUGUCGGUCAAGCGUACUAG